AUGGAUAAAUACGUGACUGGGUUGAAAAGAAAAUUUAAUGAAGCAGAAGAAGAGGAUGGUGAAAAUAAUGGAAAUGUACUUCACAAAACAAUCAUUAAUGGUCAAGAACGACCAAUGUGUUUGCUGUGUAUGAAUACUUUGGCCUCAGAUAGCAUGAAACCAAAUAAAUUAACACGACAUCUGGAAAAAGUGCACGCCGAUCAUGUUGGAGAAACUUUAGUACUACCAGCAGCUAUUGACACAAUAGCUACGAUGUUUGGUGAAUCAUAUGCUGAUCAAAUUAAAAGCAUUCCGCUGGCAGAUAAUACGGUGGGAAGACGAAUAUCAGAUAUAUCUGAUGAUCUUUGCGAUCAGUUGAUAGAAAAAACUAAAUUAUCUUCUUUCGCGUUGCAAGUAGAUGAUGCUACCGAUGUUGCUAAGGAUGCAAUUGAAGGCAAAGCUACGGCGAGUAGUAUUGAAAAUGGUAUUUUAUGGGAGAACUGUGUUGGACUGUGCACUGAUGGAGCUCCAUCUAUGGCAGGAAAAAAUGCUGGUCUGCAGGCCCUAGUUCGAAAAGUGGCUCCUCGUGCAGUUUGA